UGUGAAUCUACACAUGGGUGAUAAGACUCUCCUCAAGUUUUUUCCCAGGACUUUUCCCUGGAAAUGGGGUUGAGGAGGAAGUAUAGUCAUUGUGGAGAUGAGGGGAGCUGAGAAGGAAACAGGAAAUUUGGGUGUGACCAGUGGCAAUGUGAUCUCCUUUGAAUUUUUUUUUAAGUCAUGGAGGAACAGCAGUCAGACUCCUUCCCCAUGUCUUAUCCAUAGACUGGACCACAUUUUGAUGACAGUAAAGAGUAUCAAAGACACCACGAUGUUUUAUUCCAAGAUCCUGGGCAUGGAAGUCACAACUUUCAAGGGUGACCGGAAAGCAUUGUGUUUUGGAGACCAGAAAUUUAACCUCCAUGAGGUGGGAAAGGAAUUUGAACCCAAAGCUGCUCACCCAGUUCCUGGCUCCCUGGACAGAUGUCUGAUCACAGAGGUACCUUUGGAGGAAAUGGUCCAGCACCUCAAGGUUUGUGAUGUCCCCACUGAGGAGGGUCCAGUCCCCAGAACAGGGGCCAAAGGACCCAUUAUGUCCAUCUACUUCCGAGACCCUGACAGAAACCUGAUUGAGGUGUCCAACUAUAUCUCCUCAUGAUUGAGGCUGGCCCUCUGCCAUUCUGUUCCCUGUGAUGUCUCCCUCUCCCUUUCUGCCUGCAAACUCUCACCCAAGCCCAGAGAACUCCAAGGACUGAGGACUUCAGCAUUUCAUUCUUCCUACUGGGGGGACCUGAGUUGGGUUUGGGACCAAAAUUACAUGUCUGAAUGUCCUCCAUCCAAGGCUCCCCUAAUAAAUUAACAACCUCUCGAUUAAUAUGAGCUCUUCAUUAUUACUGUCUCAGUGCUAUGUAUGAAUGUUUGUCCAGGGUGUGAGGUCUCUGAGCUGUUUGGGGGUUGACCAGGGUAUGACAUCUCUGAGGACCAAAUCCAGGGUCAUCCCCUUGGGAUUCAGGGCCCCUGACAGAUUGUCCUUGUUAGUGAGCCCAUCCUUUCUCAUCCUUUUGGAAUUCACCUCAUCCCUUCCAAGUGCUGCUUCCUGUGUCCUCCACCCCAUAGGCUUCACUGAACCUCAAGAUAUCUGUCAGUCCCACGGAACCUUCAAGGACCACCCCAAGUGAUACUACCUCCUCCUGGAAUGCCUUACCUGAUCUCACCCCCAGGGUAUGUGGUGCUGUCUACCUUUGGAUCUGGUAGGUCCAGAUUCAUCUUAACUGAGGCUCAGCUCCUGACAGAGUAGACAGGACUGGGACAAAUAUCAUCUGUUUCUGCCUCCCCCUCCCAACACCAUCCAUUCAAUCAACUAAUAAACACAUAUUGAGUACCUACUCUGUGCUUGGCCCUGUUCCAGACAUUGGGGAGACAGUGUUGAACAAAAAGGAUAAGCAUACCUAGGUUUGGGGAGUUGUCAUUCUAGUAGAAGAGACAAAAUAAAUAAAAUUAAGUAAGGAAAAUAUGGGGCACCUGGGUGGCUCAGUUGGUUAAGUGUCCAACUCUUGAUUUUGGCUUAGG